AUGGACGUCUCCGACCGGUCGGUGCGGCUGACCAUCGAGGCGCAGCCGAGCGACCCGCCAGCGGGUGCCCCGGGGUUCAUGGCCGCGGCAACGCCGUUCGAGCCGCAGCUCUCGGACUCGCCCCCGCGCCCGAGCGUGGCGGCCGACGACGACGACAACAACGAGGCGUCGUGCAGCGCGCGGGUGCGGCCGGACCCGGACGACGACGGCGCGGCGGGGCCCGAGCGCCGGCUCACGCUGCUGGCGCUGCGGCUCGCCGUGCUGGAGAAGGCGGCCAGCGGGCUGGGCGCGCUGGGCUUCAUCUGGGCCACCGUCGUGCUCCUCGGUGGCUUCGCCAUCACGCUGGAGCGGGUCGACUUCUGGUGCGUCACCGUCAUCCUCCUCGUCGAGGGCGCGCGCAUCUUCAGCCGCAGCCACGAGCUGGAGUGGCAGCACCAGGCCACGUGGUCGCUCUCGCUCAGUGCCGCGGGAAGGUCUAGCGUCCGACUCGUCACGCGAUCCUUCCGCUUCGUCUUCCGCAAGGGUGCCAGCUGCGGGACGAGCGGGAAGGCGGCCGGCGGAGCCGCCGCCUCGGCAGUGUCCUGCAGCAGCCACGUCGGCCGGAGCGGAUGCGGAUGCGGCUGGCCCUGGAUGAGCUGGAGCUGGAGCUUCCUGUCGGGCCACGUCGGGCGGCUGUUCUACUGGCUGCAGCUCGCCUCCGCGACGGCGUGCGUGGUGCUGUCCGGGGUGCGCCUCGCCAGGCAGGACUUCGGGGAGGCCGUGGACGCGCGGACGAACCGGCGGUCGGCGCUCGACAUCUUCUACGGCCUGGCGCUGGCCGAGGCGAUGCUGUUCCUGGCCGAGAAGGCGGCGUGGGAGUGGGAGGUCAGCCACGGCCGCCUGCUGGAGCGCGUCGCCGCCGAGUGCCUCCUCGCGGGCUCGCCGGGGCUCCUCGCCAUCCGCCGUUUCUUCUACGACGCCUACUCGCGGUGCGUCGAGGGGAGCAUCUUCGACGGCCUCCGCAUGGACCUCGUGUCCUUCGCCGAGGAGCUCAUCGUGGGGGGAUCCCACGACGAGCAGCGCAUCGGCGCGGGCAUCCUCGUCAACGUUGCCGCCAGCCCGCGGCUCGGGGACGCCGCGCUACGCCGCGUCUGCACGUCCCCCGCCGUCGUGGAGCGCCUCGUGGAGAUGCUCAGCUGGACGGGCCCUGCCGAGAGCGGCGCGCGGGCGUCCGCCGCGCUCGUCGUGUCCAAGCUCGCCAGCAAGAAGCGCAACGCGCUCCGUGUCGCGGGGGUUCCCGGCGCCAUCGAGUCCGUGUCGUCGCUGCUCUACGCCGCCGACGAGGAGUGCAACCUCCUCGGCCUCCUCAUCAUCAAGAAGCUCGCGCGCGACCACGACAACUGCAGCAAGAUCGGCACCGCCCGCGGCCUGCUCGAUAAGAUCAUCGACUUCUCCGCCAUUGGCUUCACAGGACCUACCGCCACGUUCGUCAUGAUGGCCCCCGCGCGGGCCAAGGCCGUGCAGCGGUCGCUGCAGGUGAUUAAGAUGCUCACCGAGACCACAGGCAGCACCGGGAAGCAGCUGAGGCGGGAGGUGGCGGAGAUCGUGUUCACGGUGAGCAACAUCCGCGCCGUGCUCCGUCACGCGCCCGCCGCCCACGUCGGGCUGCGGCGGCUCGGCGCCGAGGUGCUGACGCGCCUCGCCAUGGACGCGGACGCGCGCGAGCGGAUCGGUGGCACGGGCGGAAUCGUCCCGCUCCUGCUCGACAUGUUCCUCCGGCCCGGCGGAGGCUCCUCCGACGACGACGAGGCCGCCGCCGACUUCGCUCGCGUCGAGGCCGGCGAGGCGCUCGCCAUGCUGGCUCUCGAGAGCCCGCGCAACUGUAAGCGCAUCCUCAGAGCCGGCGGCACCUCGAUCUCGGCCACCACAUCCACCACCACCACCGUGGACAGUCUCGUCGACGCACUUGGGGACGCCGCGAUCGGCGUCGAGGCGGGUAGGAUCCUGACGAACCUCUGCGCGUACACCGGCGGGAGCAGCGAGUGGUUCCCGCAGCUCCGGCGCGCGACGCGCGGCGCGGCCACGGUGCUCCGGGACGUGGCCACCGUCAACGAGUCAAAGCCGCUGGAGGUCUCGCUGGGCUUCGCGGCUCAGCUGGUGAGGCUGAUGGGCCCGCACGAGGUGGCCCACCACUACGUCAACGCCGGGGUCAGCGAGGCGGAGCUGGUCAGCCGGCUGGUCAGCGUGCUGGCGACCUACGCCUGCCCUUCGAUCAAGGCGCCGCGGAUCCGAAGGUUCACGGUCGAGCUCGUUAUCGCGCUGCUGAGGGCGCCACCGGCGAGGGAGAGGUGGCUGAUCGCCGAGGCGAUGGCCGCGGCGGGGAUGCGCGCGGAGCUGCGGCGCGUGGCGGAGACGACGUCGGAGCUGGAGUGCUUCCACGUGUUCUCCGGCAGCGCUGGGCUGAGCAGGCACGCCGUCGGGCUCGCCGCGCUCGUCGACACGGCGCUGGAGCUCAUGGGCACCGUCGCCGAAGCUGAUCGAGCCCCCACGUGUGACAACUGA